CCUUGUAGCCCCACAGUUAGCAUUUGCAGUUAGCUACUAUUUAGUCGUUAGCUGGUGGGAGCAUCCUGGAAAAUUACAUCUGGAGGUGAAAGACGCAAACUGCUACCACCAAGCUACCAUUAAACUUGACCAUAGAGACCUCUGUGAAGACAAAGAGUAUAAAGAUGCCUUCUGCAAUGGUUGGCAACAAUGCGGUUCAGUGUAAUGUUCCAGACUUGGCAAACGGGAGUCAUUCUGAGACCAUGAAACAUGUUCUUGGUGUACUUGACAAGAAGGUUCGCAAUAUGGAAAAGAAAAAGUGCAAACUGGAUGAUUACCAGGCAAAAAAGAAUAACGGAGAAAGGUUGAAUCAAGAUCAACUGGAUGCUUUGUCAAAAUACCAAGAAGUCACCAACAACCUUGAGUUUGCUCGAGAAUUGCAGAAGUGCUUCCAGGCAUUGAGUCAAGAGGUUCAGAAAGCAGUUAAAAAAUCUUCAAGACGGGAACAACUGCAGCGAGAGGAACUGGAGCAACGGCGGCUAAAAACUGUUCUGGAGCUCCAGUUUAUACUGGACCAGUUGGGGGACGAGCAGGUCAGGCAGGAUCUCAAACAGCCUGAUGCUACUGGUUCACCAAUGCUCACCGAUGCUGAUUUAACCUCACUAGAUGAGUUCUACAAACUGGUGGGACCUGAAAGGAACUACGAUGUCAGGUUGACUGAACAAUAUGAAGAAGCUUCACUUCACUUGAGGGAACUGCUGGAAGGUAGAAAAAAGGCUGUAGCAGGGACCACAUACAAGUCACUGAAGGAGAUCCUGGAAAAAGUGCUGCUGAGUGGUUACUUUGACAGAGUGCAGAGUCAUCAGAAUGGAUCUUGUGAACCGGAAGAGGAGCAGGAGGAGCAGACGGUGGCUGUUGAGUCAAAAGCAGGGGAGCCACCAUCAGAACCUGAAGAUACGGCCAGUGAAAAUAUAACGCAGCCAAUCAAUGUGGAAACCACAGAGUUUGUAAACCGACAGUUCAUUCCCGAAAACUCCUACAGCAGUGUAGAUAAAGAGCAGGAGUGGGCAGUGGAGGCUCAGAUGGUGAAUGUACUGCAACAUCAACCUCCUGCACCAAUGGUCCCGGAACCUAGUAUUACUGUGAACGCCGUAGCUGCUGCGCCAACCCCUGACCCGGUGGUCAGAAAACAGGUGGUGCAGGACCUGAUGGCCCAGAUGCAAGGAACGUACAACUUCAUGCAGGAUUCUAUGUUGGAGUUUGACGGCCAUGCCAUGGAUCCAGCCAUUGUGUCUGCUCAGCCAAUGAAGCCUGUGCAGACUGCUGAGUUGCAGCAGAUGGGCUGUCCUUCAGCCCACUCAGAGUCCAGACUUCCUCCGACUGGUGUACUGUCUGGCCCACAGGAAUCUGCACAGGUCUCCUUGUCUCUAUCGUCUGAGCCGUCUCCUGCCCCGUGUUCCCUGUCCUCUGCCUUCCCGUCUGUCUCCAAUCCCACCCACUCUGGAGGCAUCAAUGUCAAUGCAGCACCAUUCCAGUCAGUGCAAGCGGUCUUUAACCUGAAUGCUCCUGUACCGCCGUCCAGUGAAGGCCAAGCAGACCCUCUGAAGCAGCCCACCCAGUAUCCUGGUGGUUAUGGACAAGGGUUCACCAGCCAGUCAGACAGCACUGUGGAUUUGCCUGAGAUCCCACAGGAGACACUACAGUCAGUGGUCAGUGGGUUUCAGCCCCAGGACCAGGUCCUGCCCCCUGCAGGAGCUCAUGAAGAGACCAAUCCUGGCGCAGGGUUCGGACAGUCAAGCCAGUCGUUUUACAACAGCAGGGCCACACCCAGAGGGGGGCCCAGGAAUGCACGGGGCAUGAUGAACGGAUACAGGGGGUCCUCGAAUGGGUUUAGAGGAGCAUAUGAAGGAUACCGACCUCCCUUUACAAACGCUCCCAGCAGUGGUUACGGCCCAGCCCAAAUGAAUACACCUCGGGACUAUUCCAGUAGCAGCUACCAGCGAGAUGGAUAUCAAAGCUACAAACGUGGUGCUGCCCAAGGAGCCCGAGGUUUGUCUCGAGGUAACGCUCAAUCGAUGAGGUCCUGAAGCAUCCUCGGGAUGGUCUAGCUACGCCACGUUGAACAUUCAGGAUUUUUGAAUGUGUUUGCCCCAAGCUCCCUUUUUCUAACAAUAUUUUAGUUUUCAUCUGUAAUCUUAUUUUUUUAAACUCCUGUCCUAUUCCCUACCUGUCAUCAGCUUUGAUCUGUAUAGAUCCUCUUCAAUGUUGUAACACAAAAUGCUGAACUUCACCACAUUGUAGGAUUAUCAGCAUGUCUGCGUGUUUUAAAACAACAUAUAGAUAUUCCUGUAAACUUGAAAGAUUUCAUUAAUUUAUUUUUUGUACAAAAUAAAUGCAAAAAAUACCCUGCCACUGUUCACCCAAGGACAUCUGACUAAUUUUCUUCCUCCCUGUGUCAUCACUCACCUUUUCUCUUUCAAACUAAUGUUUUCUUUUUUUUUUAACUCCCUCCCCGUCACUACUCUGCAGCAUCACCUCUUUGUACGCUGAUGUUAUCCAUUCAGACUGUUUCAAUAAAGUUGUGUUCUAUUA